AUGAGUCAAACAGUCGAUUUUGUGGUUAAUUUUAAGAAGGGAAAUUGUAUUAAUAUACGAAAUGAAUUAGCUGAUAAAGACGAAUUGCAAGGAAUUGGCGGAAUUGAAAAUCAUUCGUUAUUAAUCGAAAGAGUGCAAACAAAAAUAGGUAAAGUAAUUGAAGGAUACGAUAAUGGUGAUGGUUUUAUCGAUGAUACUGAUGCAGUAAAUGCAGCUACAGAAACUAAAAAUCUAGAGAUGGAAGCUUUUCGAAUUUCAUUAGCUCAAAAAGCAAAUACAGCAGCGCAGAGAUCUGAACAGGCUCGUUCUAAGUCAAAUGACUCGAAUGUUGACGCAAUUGCCGGAUCUUCGAUCGAAGCUUUAGAACCUUAUAUCGAAAAACUUAAUAAAAUCAUGUCACCACUCCAGGAAGACUUCCUACACAAAAUCUCUUCGAACAAGAAGAGUACUCCGAUCAAAAUUACAGAUGAAAUGCUUCAAGUCGUUGAUGACUGCGUUAAAGAGAAAGUUAAUAUUGAAUCUGCUACUGCUAAGAAUCCAACUAAGCGUAAGAUAGAACAAUGGCAAAAAGAAGCUAUUACUUACGUUUUUGAAAAAUGCUUCAAGGUUAACGAGUAUUCAUUAACUACAUUUAGAAAGUUCUCUAUGCAAUAUCAUAAAUUCAUUAAAGCUAGGGAUGGAGCUCCGGAUACAGGAAAUGCUCCUGAAGAAUAA